AGUGGUUAUCGAAGUUCAAGUUACCAGCUGCAGAAAAUGUUACGAAAAGUGACAAGACUUUCUCCUUUCAUACAUGGAUCAGCUCCAACUUCUUCGUUAAUUCUAAAGAAGGCCAAACAUACUUUGCCUGCCCUUGAUUAUGAUUAUGGGGCAUUGCAUCCUCAUAUUUGUGCUGAAAUCAUGGAGUUACAUCACUCCAAGCAUCAUGCAGCAUACGUAAACAAUCUUAAUAUUGCAGAAGAAAAAUACGCAGAGGCGCAGGCGAAAGGAGAUUUGACUGCAGCAGUUGCUCUCCAGCCUGCUCUGAAGUUUAAUGGUGGUGGUCAUAUUAACCAUUCUAUUUUUUGGAAAAAUCUUUCACCAAAUGGUGGGGGUGAACCACAAGGACUUCUUAUGGAAGCUAUCAAUGGAGAGUUUGGCUCAUUUGAAAAAAUGAAAGAAAAAUUAAGUGCUAUUACAGUGGGUGUGCAAGGAUCAGGAUGGGGCUGGUUGGGAUAUUGCAAAACAAGUCAAAGAUUAAAACUUGCAACUUGUGCCAAUCAGGAUCCCUUGGAAGCCACAACUGGUCUGGUUCCUCUCUUUGGUAUUGAUGUCUGGGAACAUGCAUAUUAUCUUCAGUACAAAAAUCUUCGACCUGAUUACGUCAAAUCAAUCUACAAUGUGGCUAAUUGGCAUGACGUCAGUGAGCGUUAUCAACGAGCUACUGCACUUUAAACUGCAACUUCUCGUUGGCUUGAUAUGAAGUUUAUAGCUGUAAUUAGGGCAAGAUAAAGAACCGUAGAUUGUUUUCAAGCGUCGUCUUUUUAUAAUAUAAUAUGGGCUAAUACAUCUGUUUCCUGUCGAAACGCAAACUGAAUUUCUCAUGCUCAUAGUUUGUGAAAUAUUUUCUCUCAGUUCCUGCGAGUGAAUUUGGUUAAUAAAACAGAAACAUAUUUGCA